GCAGCAACGGCAAGAAAAACAAGCCGCGAGCAACGAGUAGUAAGCCCAGGCCGAGCGCGUCACGGGGCUAAAUCCAACGGUCGGGAUCGCGCCAGCACCCUAGCCCCGCCAGUCGUGGGGUCCAAAAAGAGUUGUCCUGUCUCUCCCCCUGUCGGCCAGAAGAGAAGAGAACAGAGCUCAGCGGGCAGCGCGCACAGACAAACCCAGUUUCCAGCCCCCUCCCCCCAUCCCCGCCCGCACAACAACCUUUUUUCCCCACCCCUUGCUCCAUCGCACGCGACGCCGCGAAAUUUACCCAGAUAG